CUGGUCGGGUGAACCGCGCCCUUGGUCAAGCCAACUAAUCCGUCCGUAAGCUAUCGGAAGGCAUUACAUUGCAAAAUAUUACAAACAUUGUCAUAUAAAUUCAAAUCUCUCUCUCUCGCUCUCUCAAACAUAUGACUCCUGAGAAUUCAUAAUUUGAGUAAGAACCCCCUCCAAUCCUCCCCGUCGUUCCCAUGGGAAUGAAACAACGUGAGAAUUCGGGCAGUUGCUUUCACAACAGGAGAGCGGCGGACCUGGUGGCGUUGCUCGACUCCUUGAGGGUUCUUUGAAUUUCAACUGCGGUUUUUCCUUUUCACAUCGAUUCCUCUCCUUAGGCUUAAGCCGUCUUUCUCGCCACCCCCGUCGAAGAUUUGGUUGGUGAUUGCUCGUGAAAAGGCCCUCUUUUAGAAUAACUGGAGCUGUGGGUAUUAUAUUAAACAGGAAAUAAUAUGAACAGUUACUGGAAUCUUACGGAGCAAUCAUGGAGGACUAAGGAAUGGUCAUGGCGGAUUUUGUGAAUAAAUUCAUUAGCUCGAAAUAGGAGACCGUCAAUUGAAUUAAGCUUUUGCUUUACUCGUUUGAUUCUUCUUUAGAAACUUGAGCUCAAGAUAAUUGGAGUCCUUAGCUACCUUGAUGCUUCCGAACAAGAAGUAGAAGAUGGUUUCAGUCAUUUAGGUUUAAAUCGGUAUUUGCUUUUUGGGCAAGUUUACAACUUUAUAUGAAGCCUUUCCGGGAGGGUUUUAAAAUUUGAUCAACAAUGAGCCGAAGGGUACGCCGAAAAACCAUCCUCAACCAGGAUAAGGAGAAGGUUGUCGUCCACAAUUCUUGUGGCAAUGGGGUAUGUGAGGAAACCUGUCAUUCGGAGGGUAACUUAGUAGAUGCCGACUGGACAAGUCUACCAGAUGACACAGUUGUUCAAAUAUUUUCGUGCUUGAACUAUAGAGACAGAGCUAGCCUUUCUUCUACUUGCAAGACUUUUCGGACUCUAGGAUCUUCUCCAUAUUUGUGGACUUCAUUAGAUUUGCGUGCACACAAGUGCGACAUUAGGACAGCAGCUUCCCUCGCUAGUCGAUGCAAAAAUCUGAAGAAGCUGAGGUUUCGUGGUUCCGAUUCAGCUAACGCAGUGAUGUUUCUCCAUGCCCGGGAUCUUCGGGAGAUAAGUGGUGAUUGUUGCAGGGACAUCACUGAUGCAACUCUGUCGGUAAUGGCUGCUCGACAUGAAGCCCUCGAGAGCCUCCAGAUUGGACCUGACUUCUGUGAUAGGAUCACUAGCGAUGCAAUUCAGAAGGUUUCCAUGUGCUGUCCAAAGUUGAAGAGGUUGCGGUUAUCAGGAGUGAGGGACAUUGAUGGAGAGGCAAUCCUUUCGUUGGUGAGAAACUGUAAGCAGCUUGUAGAGAUUGGGUUCAUGGAUUGCUUGAGGGUUGAUGCACCCGCACUUGAAGAUGCUGUGUCGGUUAAAUUUCUCUCUCUUUCAGGGUCAAAACACAUAAAUUGGAGUUUGUCCUCCCAGGCUUUGAGUAAAUUGCCCAAUUUGGUUGGUUUAGAUGUUUCUCGAACGGAUGUGCCCACCAGUGCUAUUCUCAGAUUGCUAUCUUCCGAGAGCUUGAAGAUUGUAAAUGCCUUGCAUUGCUUAUCUUUUGAAGAGGGUGGCAAUUAUGCAUCGUCUGAUGUUAAGUCUAAAUUUCUUCUUACUCCAUUCACUGACAUGUUUAAAGGGCUCUCUUCCUUGAUCUGUGGUUUGGUUCAGCAGGAAAGAGUUUUGGAGAAUGAUAGUAAGCUAUUCUGGCUCUCUUCCUUGAUUAGUGGUUUGGUUCAGCAGGAAAGAAUAACUAAGAUCGAUAAAAAACUACUUUGGAACCAGAGAAACCAAAUAGCGGUUGAUGGUACCUCUAGGGAUGUUAUAGAUUGGAUGGAGUGGGUUCUCUCACAUUCUCUACUGCGCAUUGCAGAAAACAAUCCUCCUGGACUGGAUGGUUUUUGGGUGGGGCAAGGUGCGGCAUUGCUGUUGAGUCUAGUCCAAAGCCUUCAAGAAGAUGUCCAAGAGAGAGCUGCUACCGGGUUGGCAACUUUUGUAGUUAUUGAUGAUGAAAAUGCAACUGUUCACCCUGGAAGGGCAGAAGCAGUGAUGUCAGGGGCUGGAAUUCGUCUUCUACUUAACCUUGCUAGGUCUUGUCGAGAGGGUGUCCAAUCAGAGGCAGCAAAAGCUAUAGCAAAUCUGUCUGUGAAUGCUGAUGUUGCCAAAGCGGUGGCUGUUGAAGGAGGAAUCAGUCUCCUUGCUGCCCUUGCAAAGUCUCCAAACAGAUUGGUUGCUGAAGAGGCAGCAGGAGGCCUUUGGAACCUUUCCGUUGGAGAGGAACACAAGGCAGCUAUUGCUGAAGCGGGUGGAGUACAAGCCCUGGUUGACCUUAUAUUCAAAUGGCCUUCGGGUGGUGAUGGAGUCCUUGAGCGUGCUGCUGGAGCGCUUGCAAAUUUGGCAGCAGAUGAUAAAUGUAGUAUGGAAGUUGCUGUGGCUGGUGGAGUCCAUGCACUGGUGAUGCUAGCUCGAUCUUGCAAAUCUGAGGGGGUGCAGGAGCAGGCUGCUCGUGCUUUGGCUAAUUUGGCUGCACAUGGGGACAGCAAUGGUAAUAAUGCUGCUGUCGGACAGGAGGCAGGUGCUCUUGAAGCCCUGGUACAGCUCACUUGUUCUAACCAUGAAGGUGUAAGACAAGAGGCUGCUGGUGCUUUGUGGAACUUGUCAUUUGAUGAUAGAAAUAGAGAAGCAAUUGCAGCUUCAGGUGGUGUGGAGGCCUUGGUGGCUCUGGCACAGACUUGUUCAAAUGGUUCUCAAGGCCUUCAAGAAAGAGCUGCUGGUGCAUUAUGGGGAUUAUCUGUUUCUGAAGCUAAUAGUAUUGCUAUUGGACAAGAAGGUGGUGUUCCACCACUCAUUGCUUUAGCACGCUCUGAUGCUGAAGAUGUCCAUGAGACUGCUGCAGGUGCACUUUGGAAUCUUGCUUUCAACCCUGGCAAUGCUCUUAGGAUAGUAGAGGAAGGGGGUGUUCCAGCCCUUGUACACCUCUGUUGUUCUUCUGUGUCAAAAAUGGCACGCUUCAUGGCUGCACUGGCCCUUGCUUAUAUGUUUGAUGGCAGAAUGGAUGAAGUUGCUUUAAUUGGAUCAUCUGCAGAAGGCGGUUCAAAGGCAGGAAGCCUGGAUGGUGCUAGAAAAAUAGCGCUAAAGCAUAUUGAAGCUUUUAUUCAGGCGUUUUAUGAUCCACCACUAUUCUCUGCAGCAGCUGCAUCCUCAGCUUCAACCUCGUUAGCUCAAGUGGUGGAGGCAGUGCGGAUACAGGAAGCAGGCCAUCUUAGAUGCAGUGGGGCAGAAAUUGGGAGAUUUGUCAGCAUGCUGCGGAAUGCAUCACCUACUUUGAGAGCAUGUGCCGCUUUUGCUCUUCUCCAGUUCACAAUUCCUGGCAGCCGACAUGCUAUGCACCAUGCAGGCCUCUUGCACAAGGCUAGUGCGUCCCGUAUAUUGCGUUCAGCUGCAGCAUCAGCAACAGCCCCAGUAGAAGCCAAAAUCUUUGCAAGAAUUGUCUUACGCAAUCUUGAACAUCAUCCAAUUGACUCAUGCAGCUUGACGUGAAAGGUGAUGAGAAAAACUUGAUUCCGGAUUGCUUGCUCUCUUCUUUAUGAUGGAAGGAAAUGUUGGAAAAAGAGAAGUGUCAGGACUGAAGGACGUGCAGUGCAUAUUAUCCUUGAACCACUAUUAAGGGGGUGUUUUCUGGUUAAGAUCAUUGGGUUUUCUCUUUCUUGGCAAUCAGGAUAGCAUGAAAAUGAGAAUUUUAAGGCAAUUGUGAGGAUGACAGAUGUGACUUGCAACUUGCUUUCUGAUUGUUACUUCUGUAAUGGAAUGGGAUUGUCACCCCAUAAAUAGCUGACAUAUUCAUGGUUUAUUUAUUUAUUUAAUUUUGCUCA